AUGCCUGAUAUAAAGCAGUACUGGUUUUCACAUAAAAAUGACUUAAAAUUAUCAGUUGUUAGAGCUUUGACCAAUCACAGGGUACAGGUAACAACAGCUUUGGCCCAGAGAACAAGACUUGAUACCAGUUAUGCUUUCACUCAGAAUUAUGAUGGUUUAUUAUUAUCAGUGAAGAGAGCUUUGACCAAUUACAAAGUACAAUGUUCAAUACCAUCUUUGAUAAGACGAAAAUGGCAGAGAGAUAUAGACAAAAAAUGGCAGAGAGAGAUAGAGACAAAAAUAAAAUGGCAGAGAGAUAAUGGAGACAAAAAAUGUCAGAGAGAUGAUAGAGACAAAAAAUGGCAGAGAGAUGAUGUAGACAGAAAAUGGCAGAGAGAUGAUGUAGACAGAAAAUGGCAGAGAGAUGAUGUAGACAGAAAAUGGCAGAGAGAUGAUGUAGACAGAAAAUGGCAGAGAGAUGAUGUAGACAGAAAAUGGCAGAGAGAUGAUGUAGACAGAAAAUGGCAGAGAGAUGAUGUAGACAGAAAAUGGCAGAGAGAUGAUGUAGACAGAAAAUGGCAGAGAGAUAAUGUAGACAGAAAAUGGCAGAGAGAUAAUGUAGACAGAAAAUGGCAGAGAGAUAAUGUAGAAAGAAAAUGA